CACGGUAAAAUCUUAUUAGAAAAAUUAUUGUGAAAAUUCAAAGAGAAAUUUUGUAAAUUAAAGAAAAAGACAGCUGAUCUCAUUGAUCAGCAAAACUGGAGAGUUUAGAUCGUCUUAAACAAUUUUCUAAAAUGGAAAGAAAAGUAGAGCUGGAGCGCAAAAAGGCUAAAUUGCAAGCCUUGCGCGAGGAGAAGGAGAGAAGAAGAAAGGAGAAGGAACAAAAAGACUUGGAGGAAGCUAAGACUGGAGUAACGGUUGAGAAAGACACCAGAAAAGAUCUAGACGAGAUGCUUUCAUCGCUAGGUGUGGCUCCUGUAUCCGAAGUAUUAUCCUCUUUAUCUUCCGUGACUUCUGUCACAUCAGAAACAUCAAUGCAGACUCCAGAUGCUAGCUUAGCGCCGACGUUAAAUGGUCAAAGCAUAAAAGUCAAGAAAGCGCAAGCUUUAUCGAUAGUUCAGGUGCAAGUGACGAAUAUUCAACCAAAGGAAAAUGUCGUGUACACGAAACAGACACAAACGACUAGUUCUGGUACUCAUCAUGAAUUGCGAGAUGCUCACGCAACCGAUUAUUAUGUGCUUACUUUUGGGGACGCUCAAGGCGAUGAUGAGGAUCACUCGUUAUCACAUUUGGACCACGGAGGAUUUCAUUCGAAGCUACCACCUGGAAUUUUACCACAUGGAUUGCCGACAGUUAAGGAAGUCGCUCCAGCAAUUACGCCACAAGAAUACAAAAAAGAUGACAUGAAAAUAGCCAAGGAACUGUCUGAGGAACAAAAACAAAUGAUUAUCUUAUCAGAAGAUUUUCAACGUUUUGUUUUAAAGUCUGGAAAAGUUAUGGAGAGGGCUUUAUCAGAAGUUGUUGACAUAUACACAGAUUAUAUCGGUGGAAGUGAAUCUGACGAGGGAUUAGAUGAGAAGUCAUCAGCACGAUUAUCACUUAAUCGAGUCUUUUACGAUGAUCGUUGGUCAAAGAAUCGAUGUGUGACAUCAUUUGACUGGUCAACACAUUUCCCAGAACUAAUGGUAGCAUCAUAUCACAAUAAUGACGAGAUGCCAAAUGAACCGGACGGUGUUGUUGUCGUUUGGAAUACAAAAUAUAAGAAGCAUACUCCAGAGGAUGUCUUUCAUUGUCAGAGUGCUGUAAUGUCGACAUGCUUUGCUAAAUUUCAUCCAAAUUUAAUUCUUGGUGGAACAUAUUCUGGACAAAUUGUAUUAUGGGAUAAUCGUGUACAGAAACGUACACCAAUUCAAAGAACUCCACUUAGCUCAACAGCACAUACUCAUCCAGUUUAUUGCCUAGCAAUGGUUGGGACACAAAAUACUCAUAACUUAAUCUCAGUCUCAUCUGAUGGACGAUUAUGUUCAUGGAGUUUGGAUAUGUUGUCACAGCCACAGGAUGUCCUCGAAUUACAACAGAAACAGACUAAACCAAUUACUGUUACAUGCAUGUCAUUUCUUCAAGAUGAAAUCAAUAAUUUUGUACUAGGUAGUGAGGAUGGAUAUGUUCAUUCUGCAUCACGUCAUGGCAAUCGUCCGGGAAUCAUUGAGACUUAUGAGAAACAUUUAGGUCCAGUUACUGGAAUAUCAACACAUCAGAAUCAAGUGUCAUCAGAUUAUUCACAUUUGUUCCUUACAUCGUCUAUUGAUUGGACGAUUAAAUUAUGGAGUUUAAAAGACACAAAGCCAUUAUAUUCAUUUGAAGACAAUUCUGAUUAUGUUAUGGACGUAGCAUGGUCACCAACACAUCCAUCAUUAUUUGCAGCCGUUGAUGGAAGUGGUCGAUUAGAUUUAUGGAAUUUAAAUCAAGAUACUGAAGUUCCAACAUGUUCAGUCGUUGUUGAAGGUGCACCAGCAUUAAAUCGUGUUUCUUGGACACCUUCAGGCUUACAUGUAACAAUUGGUGAUGAGUCUGGUAAAAUUUAUGUCUAUGAUGUUGCUGACAGUAUUGGCGUUCCAAAAAUAGAUGAAUGGCAGAGAUUUGGUGCCACUUUACAUGACAUAAAAAUGAAUACGAACGAAGAUUUUGAAGAUAUUGAUAAAUCAGCUUCCAUUCCACAGCAGCCAGCAUCACUGACGGGAACAGCAGUGGUUUAAAUAAAGAAUACGUGAUAAAGUUGAGAUAAAGUGCUUGAUAUUUUUUAUUAUACUUACCUACAAUGUCUUAACAAUUUACAAUGUCAUAUUUCAGCUAAUGUUCUUUUGAAAAUUUAAAAAUCAUAAUUUAUUCUUAAUGGAUAGUAAUGCUGAACGCUCUAAUAAAGAAAAAUCAUAAUCCUAAAUCUUAUAACAUAAAAUAACA